AUGGCGCCAAGUACUAUAGUUGGACAACGACUCGACUUGAGUCGACUCGAGUCGACUUGGAGUCGAGUCGUUUGGAAAAUACCUUUCGACUCGACUAACGACUCGAGUCGUUUAGUCGAAAAGGUGAGUCGAUUAGAAAAUGACUCGAGUCGAGUCGAAUGGUUUUUUCGACUCGACUCGACUCCGAUGGUCAAUUUUCUCAUGGUGAGUGGGGGUUUUGUAAUAUGGUUAAGGUGUUGGCUUAGAUGGUGAAUAUUGGAUGGUGAUUGGUGGACAUGGUGAUAGUGCACCAAUCACACCAACUGCACCAAUAAUGGUAAAUUGGUGUGAUUGGUGCAGUUGGCGCAAUUUUAACCAUUGGUGGAAUUGGUGGAUGGUGGAAUUGGCGAAUGGUGCAAUUCGCCAAUUGGUGUAG